UAUUAGUGUGCGACACCGGAGUAGAGCCAUGUGGAAAGUGUAGCGUUUAUUUCGGAGUUGAGAUUUCAGUACUGCUGUUGAAUGCAUUUGUUUACAAAAAAUGAACGUAGUAGUUCUUGGUAUUUUCAGUAGAGUGUAGGGAUAAUUACUGUGACCGUGUUGACUUAAUUCGCCAGAUUUUAUCGAGGUGAAUAAUGGGGAAAUCAAAGACCAAGAAUCAGAAGAAAUCCCGAGCAGUAGCCAACCAUGUGGCCGAGGAGACUUACGGAGCUGUGCCCCAUUCCUUCGUGUUUAAUCGGGGUCAGGUUGGGAAAAACGUGGGUCAACUCAUCCUGGACGUGCGGAGAGUCAUGGAGCCGUUCACUGCAGAGUCUCUGAAGGUUAGGAAAAAGAAUGUGCUUAAAGACUUUGUGGCCAUAGCAGGACCGUUGGGAGUAACACACUUCAUGAUGUUCAGCAAAACACCCAGCAGUAUCAACAUGAGGCUUGCUCGACUUCCCAAAGGUCCCAUGCUUCACUUCAGAGUCCUUAAGUAUUCUCUUGUCAAAGAUGUGGUUUCAUCUCUGAAGAAGCACAGGAUGCACGAGCAGCAGUUCACCCAUCACCCGCUGCUCAUCCUCAAUAACUUUGGAGUGGAUGGCAUGCAUGUCAAACUCAUGGCUACCAUGUUUCAAAACAUGUUCCCCUCCAUAAAUGUGCACUCGAUAAGCCUCAACAAUAUCAAGAGGUGUGUGCUGUUAAAUUACAAACCCGAGACCCAGGAAAUUGAGUUUCGACAUUACAGCCUGAAGGUGGUCCCUGUGGGCAUGAGCCGCGGAGUGAAGAAGCUGAUGCAGGAGAGGUUCCCCAACAUGAGCAAGUUUGAGGACAUCAGUGAGCUGCUGAUGAAGGGGGCGAACCUUUCAGAAAGUGAGCCUGAGCAAGACGGGGAGCACAACAUAACCGAACUGCCACAAGUGUACUCUGGAAGAGGCAACAUGGCGUCCCAACAGAGCGCUGUCCGUUUGACCGAAAUUGGUCCUCGCAUGACCUUGCAGCUGGCAAAGAUUCAAGAAGGGAUGGGCGAUGGGAAUAUUCUUUAUCACUCUACUCUCUCCAAGACGGAGGAAGAAAUCCAGGAGAUCUUGAAGAGGAAGGAGGCCCAGAUUAAGGAGAAGGAGGCUCGCAGGAUGAAGCAGGCGCAAAACGUGGCUCAGAAGAAAGAGAAGCAAGAAGACCACAAGAAAAAGAGCCUGGAAGGGAUUAAGAGGAAACGCGCUGAAGAUGAAGAAGACAGUGAGGUGGAAGAUCCAGGGAUGCAGGACGAUCAGGCUGCUGCUGUUGAAUCUGAUGAUGAGGUGGAGUACUACAGACAGGCUGUGGGACAGGAGCCUGAUGAAGAUAUGUUCCCUGGUGCCAAGAAGAGACGGUUCUCAGAAAAGUCUCACGGACCUGCCAAGAAGACGAAGCAGUCUCCUGGUAAACCUUCGGGAAAAGGCAGAGAUUCCAAAUCACCAAAGAGAAAAGGACCAGGAGGACCUUACAGAGACAAAACAGGAAAAGACCCACAGAGAAAAGGAUGGAAGAAAUCCAGGGAUGGUGAAAAAUCAUUUGGACAGAAAAUGAAACCUGGAGGAAAGGCUUUUGGAGCAAAGAGACACGGGGAUAGAGAGAAUAAAUUUGGUGGGAAAAAGAAAUUUAAUUCAAACAAAAAUAAGGACAAACCAUUUAAGUCUAAAGGUCAGAAAGGCAAGUCAGGCUUCAAGAGGAAAGGUGGUGGAACAAAGCAAGGCUUCACACAAAGGAAAGGAAAAACAAGUUGUGUGAAAGCAGCUGAAAAACAAAAUAAUUUUCAGCAGAAAGCGAAAAUGAACUUCACUGAAUGUGAGAAGUUUCAAACAAGCGUGCUGCCUGCGGUGUUUGGAGUCGAGUUCAUCGUGGCUCUGGCGGGAAACCUGUUUGCCCUGUGGCUGCUGGUCAUCAAAGAGAGAGGGAACUGGCACACUGGAAUUGUCCUGUCCUGCAACCUGGCCAUCAGCGACCUACUGUACGUCCUCGCCCUGCCUUUGCUGAUUGUCUACUACUCAAUGGGGAAACAUUGGAUAUUUGGUGAUUUUGCGUGCAAAAUUGAGAAGUUUCUUUUCACCUGCAACCUCUAUGUGAGCAUCUUCUUCAUCAUGGCGAUAAGUGUGAACCGAUGCAUCGCCCUCGUGUCCUUUUUUACCCGCUCCCACAUAGAGCCUGCCCACGCCAAAGCCACCAGCGUCAUCAUCUGGAUUAUUGUUGGUGUCAUUUCCUGCCCUGUGUUGAAAUUUGCCACUGUUUACCCCAAUGAGAAUAAUAAUACGACUCUGUGUGUGUCCUUCCAUGGCACUGUGAAUGAAAACCCUCACUUCAUUUACAAAUCAUUUCUUGCUGUGUUUGGGUGUCUUCUUCCCUUCUUGGUUACUUUCACUUCUUACUGUGCAGUGAUUAGGGUAGUGUGGAAAAACACCAGUAUAACCACACUAGAGAAACGUAAAGUUGCCUUGUUAGUCACAUCAGUGAUUGUGCUGUAUGCCAUUUCCUUCAUCCCUUAUCAUUUCUCUCAGACCUAUCACUUGUAUUUGAGAAAGCAGAACCCCCACUAUGGAGCUUGUGGGAUCUACAACAUGUACCAAGUGUCCAAGGGCCUGGCAACUCUGAAUAUGUGCAUCCAUCCAAUUCUUUACGUGGCUGUGUUCGACAGUAUUAGAGUAGCGUGUUGUGGGAAGAGCCCAGAGGACAACAUCAGGAGAGGGAGCAGAAAGUAGAGCUGCUGCUUGUGUGAAGUGCAUUCUUAUUUCAUGCUCAUAAAGUCAUGAAGAUUAUUUUUCUACAAACAAUUUCUUUACAAGGGUGACUUAUUUUCAUUAAUGACAAAUGCCACUGUUUCAUAUUAACUUUGAAAACAGAAACCGUAAAUAAUAAAGAUUUCUUCUGAUUGCUUCUGUAA